UUCGUAUUUUACGAGCCGAGGGUUAUUGCACUCACUUAAAAAUGUUGGAGUUCGUAUCAGUAAAGUAUGCAGAAUUAUCAUUGUGUAUCAGUUCAGCUGCUUGAUGAACAUUUGACUGACGUAUAAGAGAACCUGAUCAUUAAAUUACGUCAACUAAUUUGGAGUAACAUUUCUGGGAUGAUCUGAUCAUCACGGAUAGGAUUCGUUCAGUGGAUGCAAUCAGUCGUGGAAACUGUCAAGACUGUAGAGAGUGCACUGGAACAGCGAUGGACAAGAGGAUAUCCUGAAAUGGCCUCCACUAAUGGCUUCAAGAAGGAUUUAAUAUCAUUUGUUCACACCGGUGACCCGCACUUAAUGCAAAUUCGUCAAAACACAUUAAACCACCCCUCCGACAAUCAGACGAAAAGAAAUAAAUGAAUGAAAUUAGAGUGGCCUAAAGAAGCUGAGUCAAAGCUGGCAUGUUGCCCCAGAUUCCUGCCUCUUUUACCCAUUAAAGUUCAGUGUCACCACAGAGGCAGUCUGCCACAUCACCCUCUGCCUGCUUAUUAUUUAUCAAACUCUUUAAUGUGGCAUCAGAAAAGGUCCACCAUGUACUUACUGGUAAUGUUUGUACUGCAGGCCCUGUGGGUGAGUUGGUGUCAUGCCACGCAACAUUAUCCAGCCUCAUGGGGGCACUAUGAUGUUUGUAAGUCACAGGUAUACACGGAGGACCGACUGGCCUGGCACUACAUGGCCUGCCAACCUGAAGCCACUGACAUGACCAAAUACCUGAGAGUGUAUUUGGAUCCACCCAACAUCACCUGCGGAGACCCACCUGAGAUGUACUGUGCUCUGGAAAACCCAUAUAUGUGUAAUAAUGAAUGUGAUGCUGAGACUGAGGAGCUGGCCCACCCACCUGAGCUCAUGUUUGACUCUGAAGGACGAAACCCUACAACAUUCUGGCAGUCGACCUCCUGGAAGAAAUACCCAAAGCCCCUUCAAGUCAACAUCACACUCUCCUGGAACAAAACAAUUGAACUCACUGAUGACAUUGUCCUUACCUUCGAGUCUGGCCGACCUGAGCAAAUGGUGCUGGAGAAGUCACUGGAUUAUGGUCGUACGUGGCAGCCAUACCAGUUUUAUGCUGCUGACUGCUUGGAUGCCUUUACGAUGGAGCCAAAGGCAGUGCAUCAACUUACCCAAAGUAGCAUGUUAGAUAUCAUCUGCACUGAGGUCUAUUCAACAGGCUAUGUGUGGAAGUACGACAAGACUGUACGCUUUGAGAUCAAAGACCGCUUUGCCCUGCUUGCAGGCCCAAGGCUGCACAACAUGGCUUCUCUGUAUGGACAACUGGAUACCACCAAGAACUUGAGGGAUUUCUUCACCCUCACCGACCUUCGCAUCAGACUUCUACGGCCGGCCACUGGAGCCACUAUGGUGGAUGAGAACAACCUCUCUAGAUACUUCUACGCCAUCUCAGACAUCAAAGUGCAGGGCAGGUGCAAGUGCAAUCUCCAUGCCAACAGCUGCGUGUUCGACAAAGGGAAACUGGGUUGCGAGUGUGAACAUAACACCACAGGGCCAGAUUGCGCCCGCUGCAAGAGACACUACCAGGGCCGAGCCUGGAGCAUGGGCUCCUACCUGCCCAUCCCCAAGGGUACUGCCAAUAUCUGUAUCCCAAGCAAUCUUGGCACUUCUGUUCGGCCAAAUGCUUCUUCACUUGGAGCAGCAAACCGAAAUCAAGCUAGAGUGUGUGACAACAUUCUUUUGCGCUGUCAGAAUGGAGGUGUGUGUCACCACCACCAGCGCUGCCAGUGUCCAUCGGGAUUCAGCGGCAUACUCUGCGAGAAGACCCAGUGCCAGGGUGACACCUGUGAGGAGCUGCAGUCCAGCCAGAGAGCUCUAUGUCCCCCACCCAUGGCUCAGACUCUCCCACUGGCUCUUCUAUCACUCAUCUCCUCCCUUCUUGCCACCCGGGGCCUCACAUCACUCUGAGGGAGUCAUUCAUGCCCCAAAGACAUUUGCCACAGGAGCGCUCAACCUGGCUUCCUGUUAGAGGACACAAGAUGGCCGAAAAGAAAUGCUCCCUGGCAACAAAAGAGAAAAAUAAUCUACUUUUUUUAGGAAACAUCAAAGUUUUCUACUCAAUACUAUAUGUCAGUUAAAGUUUGCCAGAGAUGAUGGAUAAACAGAAGAGAAACCGCAUGGAGAAAUUUACAAAAACAACUCUGACACUCAAUCUUCGUCUUUGUUACAAAUGUUAGGAAAGAAAUUGAAUAAAUACACUAGUGCACAGCUCUGAAACCAUUCAUCAGAUAAAACAUCAUCUCCAAAAUCUUUGAAAAACUCUGCAAUACAUUUUUUGGAGGCAAAUCAUCAAUGUCAAGAUUAAAUAUGUUCUUCUAGACUGCAAUGUACUGUAAAUGGAACCAAACCCUACCAAACUGACUUUCAGAGUUCUCACACUCAAAUUUUUCCCCAACGUUUCUCUUCUUACUGUAAUUCUGUGAAAUCAUGUAAAAGUCCCAUCGUCUGUUUUGACCAAUGCAGUAUUGGUGGGAUUGAUGUACAGUAUCGCACAAAAGUGAGUACAC